UCUUAUUCAUAAUCAUUUUUCACAUUUUAUCAAAUGCUUAUUAGAGGUUUAUAAAACGUUUGAUAAAAAUUGUUAUUCAUAAUCGUCAUUUAGCGCUAAAAUCCUCUUUUAUCUGUGUGAUAAGUUAUCGAGAGCUCGGGCCUUGUUUAAAGCUCUAAUAAACCUAUUUUAACCUAACUUUUAUAAAUGUCAUUUCAUAUGAAUGUCACUUCGUUGGUUUAUUUAUUCAAAAUAUCCUUGCUGUGAUCCUUGCUUGUGAAAAUGAAUGCUAUAAAUGCAAUUGUGCAUUUAGCCAAUAAUGCCGACCCAGCGCGACGUAGAAAGCUCUACCGCCAACGAAGCAACCCAUUCGAUUUGCGGGACCUAAAUUUUAAAAUAAAAUAUAGGUUCAAUAAGGACACAGUGCGCACCAUCAUAGAUUUGGUGGAAGAUGAUCUGGUUCAGAGCGCUAGAGGUGGUGGCACGUGUCCUGAACUGCAAGUUUUAGUGGCCAUAAGAUGUUGGGGACGUCGUGAGGUACAAGAUGAUGCUGGUGACCUCCAUGGCCUAAGUCAGCCGACAGUGAGCCGGAUAUGCGCCAGAGUCGCGCAUGCAAUCGCGAAUAAGGCAAAUUCCUUCAUCAAAAUGCCUAUCACUAUAGGAGAGCAGGAAAGAAUUAGUGCCAAAUUUAGAGCAAUUAAAAAUUUUCCUGGGGUGAUAGGAGCCAUAGAUUGCACCCACAUUAAAAUUAAAAAAACCGGAGGUGACAUGGCCCAGUACUAUAUUAAUAGAAAAGGCUAUUAUUCCCUGAAUGUUCAGGUUGUCUGUGAUGCUGACCUCAAAAUAAUGGAUAUAGUGGCUAGAUGGCGAGGCAGUACACAUGACAGUCGAAUUUUUAUGGAGAGCAAUAUAAAACAACGAUUUGAGGAUAGGCAGUUUAGAGGACGCCUUAUUGGCGAUUCGGGCUACCCUCUUCUGCCAUAUCUAUUUACACCUAUUUUAAGGCCUAGUCGUCCAGAAGAAGAAGCAUACAAUAAUGCUCACAUCUCAACUAGGAACACUGUUGAAAGGUGUUUUGGGGUGUGGAAGCAGCGGUUCCAAUGCCUACUCCAUGGCUUACCAGUAAGCCUCCAAAAUGGAAAAGCUGUGAUCAUAGCAUUGGCUGUAUUACAUAAUAUAGCCAUUGAUAUGAAUGACACAUUGUUAGAACAACAUAUGGAGCAGGUCCCUGUAACUCCGCAACUUUCGACGGAGAACAGUGUUCACGACAACCGACCUUCAUUGUUGAGGCGUAGGUCGCAGUUGAUACUACAAAAUUUUAUAAAUCAACAUUUUUGAAUGAUACUGUUCCUGGCAUCUUAAUGAAAAUAAAAAG